AUGAGGCUCCAGAUACCCGCUACUAGUGCUUUAUGCCUGAUCGGACUUUUUCUCUUUACAAAGGCCAAUUCGCUGAGAUUUUUGUCCUCAAAGAAAGACCCAAAUUUCUUAUCACUCGGUGCGGGCUAUGAUGAGGCUGAUUUGCCGUCUUUACUUAAUUCACAAAUUACCCAGUACAGUGAAGUGUUUUCUAGUGCUAUUGAGCUUCUCAACUCCAUGAAGACAUCACCUUCCUGUAACCGGAUGGCGGCAACUAACCUAAUUUUGUCUUGUCAAUCAAUCCGCGGAGAUGACGGUAAUCAAAAGGAGGCUCUUUCUGACUCCCUAGAUAAUGUCAAGUCAUUGUUUGCUGCUAGGCUUGCCGUUUGUGAACUUAUCGGUGCUGGAGCGACGAUUCCAGAACAAUGUUCUCCAAUUUUCACGUCUCGCAAAACGCAUUUGCAUCUAGAAGAGGAAAAUAUAAUCCAACUCUCACAGCUGGAACCUUGUCUUAUAUCUUUAGAAUCUCGACCCCAGUGGUGGACGAGUUAUAGUAACAGCAGGCAAAAUGCAGCUGUCAUGUGCCAGGCAGCACGAGCUGAGAUUGAGCGUGAAGAGGAGCUAAAGCUGUAUAAGAAUCUGGCUGACCUCACAUCGAUUCUAACUGACUCUCUCAACCACACACUUAUAUCAACAGGAGUGGAGGCUUCUCGGCAGAGGGUAUUUUUAGAUAUCGUGAAAGAAAUGCAGGGUAAUCUCAUGCAGGACCUGGAAUAUGGAUUUUUACGAUAUCGCGAUAUAUCAGCAAGGGUUGUUGAUGACCUUGAAGGGGUGCAAGAGCUAAUGUCCCAAACGCGCUCUGAUGCCUCCAGCGCGAAUAAGGAUCUCCAUUCCACAACGAAAACAUUACACGGACUGAAACGGAUUCUCGAUGAAAUUCAGCUGGCAACGGAGAGAAGAGCCUCCCAGAUGGCUGCGAUUGAGAAGAAAAAUCACCAGGAGAGCCUAGAACUAGUUUCGUCAUUGAGGCAAUCUGUUGAGCUUUUAAGCAGCCAACAUUUGCGACCAAUAUUGGAGGGCUUUGGCAAUAUUUUCUAUUCAAUGCAAGCCGUGGAGGACCUUAUGAGCUCAAUGGAAGCCAGACAUGACGGCUUGGAUGCGCGAAUGAAGUCGCUCGAACACAUCUUUCAAGAGUUUGAACAUACAACUCUGGCGCUACAGCAAAUCCAAAUGAAGCAGAUUCACGAUCAAAACUUCUUCCAAAACGACUUAAGAAUCUCUCAGGCGCUUCUAAACGACGUCGCCGCUUCAGCAGCAAACCUCCAGACCUCAAUUGAGAGCUCCUAUGCAGUUUUCCGUAAAAUUACUAGUUUCAGCGGGCUAAUCACUUCCAUAUCGUGGUGGAUUUUGUCAGUGACUGUGUUUGUCACACUCCUGGUGUUUCAUCUCAAGCUGGCUAGAGUCUCACUUUUGAGUCUAUUAUGUGUUGUUGCAUUAUACUCCUCAUGGGUUACCGGUUGGCUUCAAAUCAUGAGAUUUUCUUUUACUCAUGCAACACCCCCACCAGCGGAUGUCAUUUACAUUGUUUCCUUCAGCCUUGGGGCCGUCACUGGCGUUUUCUGUUUUCUUUACUUUGCGACGAGGCAUCUUUUGCCGCGUAGGCGAUAUGCCAGCCGGACUUCAAAGCCGGAUCUAGCUUGA